AUGAAGGCAAAGGUCAUUCCAAAAUAUGCCAAGUUUUUCAAAGAUAUUGUGGCCAAUAAGAGCAAGUUAGCUGGAUUUGAAACAGUGACACUCAUUGAAGAGUGUAGUUCAAGAAUCUUGAACAAAGUUAAGCUUCUAGCUAAACAAAAAGAUCUAGGUCUCGGAGAACUUAAUUCAACAACCAUUUUAUUGCAAUUAGUUGAUCGUUCUGUAGCUAGACCUGAUGGUAUCAUUGAAGAUUUUGAGCCUGAUCCUGAGGUUUCUUUUAUCUUAGGGCAUCCAUUCUUAGAAAAAAGUGGUGCACUUAUUGAUGUGGAUACAGGUAUAUUGACUAUGGCAGCACACGACAAAGUGGAGGUGUUCGAUGUAUAUCAGGCACUAAAGUUGCCUGCAGUCUAUAAAGAGUUGUCUGUUAUAACUGGCAUCGAUGAGGAAGUUUCAGCUCAAUGCAUUUUAGCAAAAGAUCCUUUAGAAAAAGUCGUAAUGGGUCAACAUAUUGAAGAGGACACGGAAGCUAAAGAGUUAGCUAGCGUACUUGAUAUGCCAAAUGUCAGCAUAUGGAAAAAGAAUGUGGAACCUUUGAACAGAGAAUUAGGUCCUUUACCAAAGCCAUCUCUAGAAGAAGCUCCUAACUUGGAGUUGAAGCAAUUGCCAACACAUCUCAGGUUAGCAGGCCAAGAGUACUAUUGUUUCUUGGAUGGGUAUUCAGGUUACAACCAUACCAUUACCUCGGAGGACCAGGAGAAGACCAGAUUACCAUUGACUUUUCAGUCUUUGGAGAUUCCUUUGAUCCCUGUAGACAAAGCUAAAAUUGAAGUGAUUGAGAACCUUCCACCACCGAUUUCAGUGAAUGGUGUCCGUAGUUUUCUAGGUCAUGCUGGAUUCUAUUGGCUAUUCAUUAAAGACUUUUCAAAGAUUGCAAGACCCAUGUGCAGCUUGUUAGAAAAAGAGGCAAAAUUCAUUUUUGAUGAUAAAUGUUUGCAGUCCUUUGAACUCUUAAAGAAGAAGCUGAUCGAAGUCCCCAUCCUGAUAGCUCCUAACUAG